AUGAUCAACGCGUCUCCCGUUGUGCUCGAGGAACUUGAGGAGGAGAUGAAGGGGAUCCUCCAACCGUCCUGGUACUUUGAACGCGGCACGUACACUAUACAAGUCUCCCCACAUACCGCAGAGAGUCUGUUCGAGAUCCCUGCGAGCACUAUCGACCAACACCUCGCCACUAUGACCGAGCCCGACCUCCUCUUCCGAGCGUUGUCGUGGAUUACCGCCGCGUCCCAGGAUGUCGGGCUCCUUCAGCAGCUUCGCCAAUGCUCCAAUUCUAUACGCCCUCCGAACCUUGCUUAUUCGAUCGACGUCUACCCCGGGAUGCUGCCAACCAAAAAACUAGGCGAGAUUUCGAACAGGCGUCUCGUAGAGCUCGCGAUUUCCCGCAGUUUCAGGCACCUUACCCUGUUCUACACGCUCGCCCGCGCAUGCAUGCCGCGCAAAACAGACGUGGAAACCAUCGUGGAUACGCAGCUGAAGCUCUACAAUACUGCAUGCGACGAGAGCAAGAGGAUGGCGGCCUCGAGCAUAGGAGCCAGUGUCCUCAAGCGCUUCAGGACGAUGUACACUGUUUCACCCGAGUUCGCUCUUCGGCUCAAGAAAGAAGCUGCGGCCCCUGUGCGUGGAGUCCACGUAGAGCUUUCGGUUCCGCAGAGGCGCAUUCUCAGCUACCUGCUUAUGUCCGAACUCAAGGCCGCGAUCACAGAGAUGCUUUCCGCUGAGGUGCUAGACGCUCGCCAUGACCGUCGGUUUCUGGUCCUCUUUAGCCGGAGGGCGGCUGAGAUCCUCUGUGGGCUUCGAGAAGUCGCUCUCAACAGACACUCCGAACUGCCUAUCAUGGAAUUUCACGGUAUCGACUGCCUGCAGGAACUCUCCAGUCUGUACAACACGAUUGUCCGUCAUCCUGAGAAGCAGCAGUUUGACGAGGCAUUCCCCGGCUUACGAUCCUUUUUCCUUGAUUUCAUGUCGGACUAUGUGCACUUUGAUUUCGAUGAGGACAACGUAGUGAAGGGUGAACGGCCGCCUUCCAUCUCUGCGCAGAUUGCCUUGGAGAAUGAAGACAGGCCGUAUGGACAACUGGAUGCAGCCGCCUGGUUAACUCUCGUCGGGAAGUAUUCUCUGGACCAGCCUACGACCACUCGAGAGGAUUACAACAUCUUCGCGCUACUGGCUUCUCGUGCGUUCCGCGCGUGGAAAGACGAGUGGAUGCUCCAACCGCAAACGUCUACCGUCGCCACUCUCUGCAAGAAAUCCGCGGAUUUCCUCCAUAGAGCUGGAGCUAAGGGCUGGAACAACGGUGGGAGCUACCAGUCGCUGGACUGGCUCGUGGCGGCAGACGAAAGGUCUUUCAUCAGCCACUCAAACACAGCAUUUUGUGAGCUCCUCUACAAGCACGCACCGGACGAAUUCACGGAUCUCCUAUACGCCUUCGAGAAGCACUGCCAUCUCAUUGAUCAUACCAGGCAUGAUCUGCGCUACAUGCUAGGAAGAUUGCGCCCUGGGGAAGGUACUACGGGACCCAGUCACGUGACCCGAUGGCAUUCGAACUGGUGGCUCUCACCCUUCGGUGACAUCGCCAAUGCUUCGUUGGGUGAAUGGACGGCGCUGAUACAGCACUUCACCUUCCCGACACCGGCGCACACCCGCACAUGGCAUCAUCUCUUCGUCUGGGCCGCGAACGAAUGGAUCCUCAAAGUUGGGCAGUACGCUGUUGAGAGCCCUCUCGCUUUGGAUCGCGACAUUCAGCGCUGGAUGGCCACUCAUUUCCCAAAGGUCUUGGAGGCCAUGGCAACCGGUCUAGACUUCGCUGUCGAGCAGGGCUGGGAGAACGGCGGGUACGACAACACUAGCUUCCCUUGGCUCCCCAGCAUAUUCCUCGCCCCUUCGCUUGCGGAGAGCCAGAACUGGUCCAUUAUCUGGGAGCGGGACAAGGUGCUAUUCAGGUCGCACAAGGUCUACGCACCCAUCGUUUACUUGGAGUGCUUCGCGCCAGCUGCGCUUCGCCUGCUCGCGAUCAGCCUCACAAGGACGGUUGUACACGGGUAUUUUACCAACGCCAGCAUUCAGGACGACGUCUACCUCCUGCGCUCUUACCUGAAAGCUUCUCCACAUGAGCGAAAAGAGAUUGUGCAGCGCAGGCAACGUGGUAGUAUUCGUAGCGAGGAACAGCAGCCCGGGCACGCCUCCGGCGUCGCACUGGAAGAACCCUGUCGUCGAUCACCUCGAGCUCGCGCUACUCCUUCCACGGGACUGAAGAGUGAUCCUAGUCCUGACGAGGAGGCUAAUCUCUCCCUUUUCCGUGCUCUUCCCUAUCAUGACGACCUCGAUGCGGACGACAAUCGCCCGCGGACGUUCUCGAAGCGUGUGAGCCACGUCGGCGGCUAUCCUAUUCGCUCGGGUUCCCCAGCAUCAUACGCAGACAGCGCAGGAUUUGCGACCGCAAAUACCAGCCAGAAGGAUGGGGAUCAUGGCCCGGCUCUGGGCUUCGACGAGUCUCGUAAAGAUGGCAACAGAGAAUCGGAUAUCCUGGAUACGACACAGCCCAUCCUAAACUACCACUGGUUGCAUGACAUGGACGAACGACCUUUCGUGGAAUCUCCAGUGGCCUUUUCAAGUAGGAGGAGCCUCGACGAAAUGGACCUCUGUGUUGCCGCGGACGACUUGACUGCCGAGCUUCGCCUUAACACACACUUCGAGUCUGCUCUAGACGCAGUACAUCGUGAAGACAGCAUUCAGCUUGUCAACCCCCAAAGUACGUUGCUAUCAUUACAGCCCGCCAAGGAACGAAUUGAAGUGAUUGAUCGCUUGCAGCUUGUGCAGUCCAGCUUAGCGCGGAAGAUGCUAGCGAAGUUCUUGACGGCCAGCAGGUAA